CGAAGCUGACGACCAGCAUAGAUGAGCUUGCACAACUUGUCGCCAGCUCAUUCAUUAACUAUAUCAUGCGCUUCUGGUCGGUCGUAACAGCACUGCUGCUUCCCCUAAGCACGCUUGCUGUUUUUGCCGACGAAGCAUACCAGGUCGAUUACCAUCACGCCCUCCUUGGCAUUCCUCGCGAAGAUAAUACCUUCGUCCACAUUCCCAUCGCGUCCACCAAAGCAGCACUUAUAUACACACUCAGUGAGAAGAACAUAGUCGGAGCCGUCAACCCGAAAGACGGUAGCAUAGUAUGGAGACAGCAAUUGCGGACUGGAUCAACGGCCAAGGCGCUGCUGAGAGCGUCUGCAGACGGUGACAAUAUCGUUGUGACAGGAGUCGAUGGGCAGGCAGCUGCUUGGCAGGCGAGCGAUGGACGGCUCAUAUGGAGUCAUGAAUUCGAGGGUACCAUCGGGGACGUGCAGUUUUUGGAGCUUGCGCAGGACGGCAGCACGACCGGAGCAAAGGAUGUUCUUUUGCUCUACCAGGGAGCCAAUACCGUGGUUGAAAGAAGAGAUGCGGACACAGGGACGUUGAAAUGGCAGCUCGUUGAUGCGAGUGGAGACAAGCCGUACAAACUUGGUCUGACAGGUACCACUGUGCAUCUUGUUGCUUUACAUGGAGCUAUGCUGGGCGGAUAUAAGGUCAAGGUCACCAACAUCGACGCCGUGACCGGUCAGAAGACGGACCAACACAUCGUCUCGGAUAGCGAUCUGCUGUCUUCAGACGACAUUCUGUUCGUCGGUGCGGGCACAGCAGCUCCCAUUGUGGCGUGGACAGAAAAGUCUUUCAAGACGGUCAAGGUCAAUCUGUUAGGCUCAAAGACUGUGGUAAAUCUGGCCGUGGACAAGAAGGGGGAAGAGAUUCAGCGGAUUCAGCUCCACGCCCCACGCACCAUUAACGCACUGCCACACUUCCUGGUGCAGUACACCUCCACCGACAGCCACUGGGCAGACGUUUAUCACAUUGAAAUCGCGAAAGGAACGAUUGAAAAGGCAUACAGCUUGCCAAAGCUGGCUGGACAAGGAGUUUUCGCGACGAGCACAUCAGAUGCUAACGUCUACUUUACACGCAUUUCUCAAGGCGCCCUCACGGUGACUUCAUCCACAUCUCACGGUAUUAUCGAGCGUUACAUGCUUCAGCAGAUUGUUCCGACCGUCUUUGGCGAGACGAAACCCGUAUUUUCUGUGGCAGAAGUUAUGACCCGGCCAGAUGGCCGAGUAGCUGUUAGGGCUGCCUUGCUUCUAUCAACUGGUGACUGGGCACUCUUGCUGAACGGCGAACUGGCUUGGUCAAGGCCAGAGGUCCUGACAUUAGCGGAUUCUGCGGUUUUCACGAUGCCAGCACAGGAGGAGCGACUGGCCAAAGAGCUGGCUAUCGAGGAGCAUGCUUCCAUGCGUGCGGCCUACGUUCACAGGCUGAAACGCCAUAUUGCAGAGUUGAAGGGUUUCCCCUCAUGGUUGAGUCAGCAACCCGCUAAGAUUGUGGACUCGGUUAUGGGCAGGAGCUUGUCGAAGAAAGCCGACAAGUUUGGCUUCAAUAGGCGUGUCAUCGUUUCUACCUACAACGGUCGCCUCGUGGCGCUUGACACUGGCAAUGAUGGCCAGAUCGCUUGGAACAGACCUGUUCCUGAGUUUACAUUAGGAGACAAACCGGCGAGAUUAGAAGCACCCUCACCUGGAUUGUUGCGUGUCAAGACAGCCAAAGGCAACUGGAUCCUUGAUUUGACCGGAAAUGUCCUUAGAGCAGACGAAACCUCGAAAGAACAAGCUCAGAGUGGAACUCGCAUCAGUUACGACAUGGUAGACGGCCAACUCCAGGGGUUCCUCGGUGAAGACAAGAAGUCCUCGAUUUGGACUUUCAGACCGGCCGCUGGUGAGCGGAUCCUAAGCGUUACUCCGCGGCCCUCUGAAGAUCCUGUAGCCCAGAUUGGUAUCGUUCUAGGCGACCGUCGUGUGCUGUAUAAAUACCUCAACCCCAACCUCGCCUUGAUCAUGAGCGCAAACGAUGCGGCGAGCACUUUGACGGCUACGCUCAUUGACUCUGUGUCGGGUAACGUCUUACAUGAAGCUAAGCACACGAGCGUCGACAUCAGCCACCCAGUGGCCGCGGUGUUGUCCGAGAACUGGCUCGCGUACACGUACACCUUGAGAGCUGGACCGCUCACGCCGUCCAGGGGCCACAUACUCGUUUCGUCACAUCUUUUUGAGUCUGCCUCGCCGAACGAUCGCGGUGCUCUCGGUGCAAGCAAAAAUUACUCGAGUCUCAUGCCUCAGAUUGCAGACCCAGGAACGCCAUAUAUUUUAUCCCAAUCCUUCCAUAUCCCGGAGGAGGUCUCCUCACUGGCCGUCAGCCACACCCGCCAAGGCAUAACUUCCCGCAUGCUGAUGGCCGUAUUACCCGACAGCGACUCCAUUGUGGGUAUUCCGGUGCUUCUUCUUGACCCUCGACGACCUGUAGGUCGCGAUCCGAAUUCGCAAGAACAAAUGGAAGGCUUAUCACGGUACGCACCCUUUUUGGACUUCAAUCCACACUGGUAUCUCAACCACAAGCGUGAGGUUGUGGGUAUUGAGAAAGUCCUUGCCAGUCCCGCUGUGCUGGAGAGCACUAGUUUAGUCUUCGCCUAUGGAACGGAUGUUUUUGGGACAAGAGUCACACCAAGUAUGAGCUUUGAUGUGCUGGGCAAGGACUUCAAUAAACUGCAAAUGCUCGCUACGGUGGCUGCUUUAUUUGUGGCUGUGCUCUUCGUGGCACCUUUGGUUAAGCGAAAACAGAUCAACAUGCGCUGGGCCUUAUGAAGCGAAUAUAUACCAAUAGAUAAUGUAAAACUAUGGUCUUUUUUUUUUACUGAAUAUCUGCCCUUCAAGUUCCUAGGGCGAGAUUGCCAAACGAAGAUGUACACGGUGUCGAG